AUGGUCCCCCCCUUUUGCUCUACUCGAUGCUUUGACCCCGAUCCAUUUUCUCCACCUUGUUCCACGACCCUUGCUGACCACAUUGAAUUCAUCUUUUGUUUCGCAAAACUAUAUCCGAAUCUAGGCACAACAAAAAAUCGGAAAAGUUUUUUCCAAAACAAACCCCCGAACUCCCAAAAUGGCGAAGAUGAUGAAGAUGAUGAAGGCCGCCGAGCCGGCCCCGGCCAUGAAGAAGAUGAUGAAGAUGUCCAUGAAGAUGAAGAUGAUGUCCAUGAAGAAGAAGUAAGUGGCCAACGGACGGGCUGCUCGCUUUUCUGGACGAAAUGACAUCAAUCUAAAAUAUGUCAUCAACAUCUAGCGCUCCCGGUUGUAGUGUAAGUCUGCAGCGGUCGAGCGAAUGCUAGAAUGAAAACUUUUCCAAUGGCACGACAUUGACUCAUUUAUGUAGGCACGCUACAGAAUGACGUUGUUGCAAGUGACCUGAAGAAAAGAACAAGAAAACUACUACGUCAGCACAGUGCUGUGUCAGCGCGCGGCAGCGUUGUAGUCCUGUGGAAGAACAACG